CCCAAUUAAAACCCUACCUGAAGGUGCUCCGGACACUGCACUCAUGUCUUCCGCUACCAGGAGAUUGAGGGCAUUCAAGCGGUGGAUGAAGUCUCAGGGAAUCGAUUUCAGUGAUGCCCUCAAUUUCACCGAUGAUCCAUUGCAAGGCAUCGCCGUGAGGGCGGUCUGUGAUCUGAAGGAAGGCGAUGUGGUUGCCACAAUACCCAAAACCUCGUGCCUCACCAUAAAAACCAGCGGCGCGCAUGAAUUGAUUGAAUCUGCCGGCUUGGGCGGCCUUUUGGGUCUGGCAGUGGCUCUCAUGUAUGAGAAGAGCCUCGGUGAGAAGUCUCCAUGGGCAGGCUAUCUUCAGCUAUUGCCUGAAAGAGAAUGUAUGCCCUUGGUUUGGACUCUUGACGAAGUAGACUCUCUUCUUGGUGGGACGGAGCUCCACAAGAUAGUGAAAGAAGAUAAAGCUCUUAUUUAUGAGGAUUGGAAGGAGAAUAUACUGCCUCUUGUAGAUUCUGUACCUUCAAAGCUUGAUCGAAAAUCUUUUGGCAUUGAAGAUUAUUUUUCUGCAAAGAGUCUUAUUGCUUCUCGAUCUUUUGAGGUAGACGACUUCCAUGGUUCUGGCAUGGUUCCUUUGGCUGACCUCUUUAAUCACAAGACGGGGGCUGAGGAUGUACACUUCACUGACUAUCAUGGUGAGUCUGAUGAUGAUGCUGAGAACGAUAACAACAGCAUUAACGACUACAGCGACGAUGUGCUGGCCACAGCUAGCAAAGUUGAACCACCAGCUGAAAAUUUUCAGCAGGACCAGAAAUAUAUGAGUGCUACGAGUACAAAUUCUGAAAGUGCUAUUGGUUUGGAGGAAUCAUCAGUUUCAGCAGAUAAUCCCAUGGUAUUGGAAAUGAUAAUGGUGAAAAAUGUCAAUGCUGGAGCUGAGGUUUUCAAUACAUAUGGUUCAAUGGGUAAUGCUGCCUUACUUCACAGAUAUGGAUUUACAGAGCCGGAUAAUACAUACGACAUUGUCAAUAUUGAUUUGGAACUUGUUCUGAAGUGGAGUUCGUCUUUAUUUUCAAGCCGCUAUUGUAGGCCGAGGCUCUCACUGUGGAGAAGAUUAGAUUACUCUGGAUGUAUUAGUCAGAGCUCUGAAUAUUUUGAGGUCUCAUCUGAUGGGGAACCACAAAUUGAGCUACUGGUUUUAUUGUACAUAAUGCUAUUACCAGAGAAUGCAUUCUCCAAGCUGGAUUUUACGGUGUCAACUGGGAGUAACUGUAAUGGAAUUCUUUCAGAAAACUGUGACAGUAUGCGGAACAAAUUGUUAGAAAUGAGCAAGGAAUUGUUGCUGACAGAAAGUGUUUGUCAAGCUCUUAUGUCGCUUGCGGAUAUGCGUGAGAGUUCUUAUGGUUUGAUUUCAUUAGAAGAAGAAAUUGAAGCUCUGAAGAGGUGUUGCUGUAUUAGAGAGAGAAAGUUGUAUCAUUCUAUGAUGUUGCGUGUGUGCGAGAGGAGAAUCCUCGACAGGCUUAGGACUUAUGCUGCUUCUGCUAUUCAGUCAUUUAGAUCUGCUAAAGUACCAUCCACGAGGAAGAGAUUAAAGCGAAGGUGAGCGCAAACUUCUUGGGUUGCAUAUCAUCUUAUGAGUUUCUUCUUCUAUGACAGCCUUGUGAAUUCACAAGUAUGAUAUGCUGGGUGAUACGCUGUUUGAUUCAAAACUAUAGGUGAUUUCAUGUAUGACCGCGACAAUCGUACGACUUAUGAUUUAUCUUUUUGGGGUGAAUUCUCUUUUAUUGUUUACUUUGAGUAGUAGAUGGAGGCAACUUUCACUCAAGGUAGCAGACAACUAGAAGUGACAUCGUUGUCCUGAAUUAUUGUAUUCGGUACGUUCUUUUGUUUCAAUCUUUUGACAAUUUGUUAUCAUGAUGAAUCUGAUUCCUACAUGAGAUUAUGAUGCAAAAGCUAGUGAAGGUUUUUUUUUUAUCAUCCA